UGUAAACAAAUGCUGUCGCACGUUCAUUCACACACAGAACAGAUCGACAGCACAGCACAGACAUUUUCGGUGAGGAUUUUUAAAUAAUCUCACUCAAACAGAUCAAAUGAAACGUACUAGAAGAACCAGAAAAAACUGUGUGGUAGUAAACCCAAACAAGGAAGAGCUGAGAAGCGUGAGAAAGACAGUUAUACAGUGGAAUGGAAGAGGAAGGACAAUAAUGGGAACUGGAAAUUCACAGGUGUACGAUUUGACUGAUGAUCUCAGCCAGGAGGGAAGUGUUUUAAAGGCGCUUUCUCCUCUCUCUCAAACUCAAUCAUUAAUGAAUAACCAAUCCGUAAAGACUUCUGGAUCUCAGGAAGAUGGAAACAAUCUAGAUCCCACAAACACAUGCCCGGUUUGUUUCUCUGCACUUAAACCUGCAUAUAUAAAAGGUACUACUGAUAAACUGCUUCAGUGCACUCGAUGCCCAACCACUCAGCUCCUCUGUGGCUCCUGCCUUUACCCCUGCACUUCUGCUGCCUGCACCAACAAGCUGUGCCCCCUCGUCUCCACACUGCUAACCUGUGAAUUGGUCUCAGAUCCAAAGAGCAGAGUGCUUGGUUGUCCAAUGUUCAGAGCCUGUCCCAAGUGUCAUAAUCUGAUUAUGCACGAAAAAGGAUGCAAGUUUGUAACAUGCACAAUCACAUCAUGCUUUCACCAGUUCUGUUUCAUCUGCUUGCGAAAUGAUUGUAGGAAGGAUCAUGCAAACUACUGGAAUCUAACUUGCACAAAGCCGAGAGCAGAAAGACAGAGAUUUAUGUCACCACAAACCUGAACAGAGAUUCCUCCAGGGUUGGACAUUGUCUAAAAUGCAAAUGCAAGAGUUGUCAUUUGCAAUACAGAAGUAAUCAGUAGCAGAAUUAAUUUCACAAACUCAUUCAAUAUACAAAAGAAAUAGAACAUUGCACUGAUCCCAUCUUUCCCCUGUGCUUUGAAUCUAUGCUAUCUAUGCCUUACACCUGACUGACUUGGUCUUUGGUUAGCAGGAAUAACAACUCAAGUAAACUUCAAUAAAGUACAGGAUAAUGUAGUUAAUUGCUUUUAGAUUGGUAUAAAACUUGUUGGAUUUGUGCUGAUCAAAAUACAGAAGGGAUGAAGUUGAGAUGAAGUCUGAGCACUGAAACAUAGGCAACUAAAGGCUGGAAUACACUACACAACUUUUAAAAUCUGAAUGCUAGGGAUCAUACACUGACCAACUUUGUAAACAGUCACAUACACUACCCGAUUUCCUUUGAAAUCUGUCAACUCAAAUCUGCAGGCUGGCUCUGACUUUCUGCAACUAGCAUCCACUUCUGCAGACUGUAAAUCAGGGGAGAAAUUGGGACAAAAGUAUUGUAGUAUAUUCCAGCCUUUAGAUUAUUACAUAAACCUUGGUCAUUUUUUAUCAUCACUUCAUCUCAUGCUUUUGGCUAUUUCAUGUUAUUCUUCUGUCAACCUCUCAGGCUGAUAGAAAACUUUUAGUUAAUACGGUUUUGGGUACAAUACAAAAUGCAAACUCUGCUGACAGUUUUGGAUAACAGACAAAACAGAUGUCUAUUGACAGGAUCUGGUAAAGAGACUGCAUUCAGUAUUCUGGUGUGGAGAUUCAAUCUAACUGUAUUCAUAUUAAAGUCUUACACAACAGAGUAUUGUCCAGAUUCAGGGUCCUAUUGUCAGGCACUUUAAAUCUUAGGGAAAGAAAGAUAUUUUUAAAGGCAUUAAGGUACAACUGAUAUCCAUUUGACAGAUGUGUUUAUCCACAGCAGGGACAGUCAUUUCAGGGAUAAAUCCAGGAAUAUCAUCUUAAAGGGA